CAACUCGACGUAACCCAUUGACGGGGACAGGGCCACUCGCUGCAAAGACUACCGUAUCAGCGACGACUUGCGCUGUUGAUGGCGCUCUUUGAGACUCCCAACCAGCCCAUGCUGACUGAGAGCUUCUGAGCUUAGAGAGCAAGGCGGGACUAAGACCAAUUCUACUGUCGAUAACAGCGACGCGGGAACCGGGAGGUGUUUCCAACUACGCGGACCAGCGCCAGUCUCGGCGCCCGGGACCGCACCUGGCACCUGCCGGCACCGACAGCCAGGGGCGCCGCAGGGCCACAGUACCGCGCGGCGCUCUCGAGAUCUGUGCGUGUCAACCCCGCUUCAUCACUGCACGUCAGCGGGUCCUCAAGCUGCGAGGGAACCCCACCAGCGGCGUACAGCCGCCCGCCCCCACUAGCCAUAGCCCACAGGCGGUUAGCCGGGACGCCUGUGAUACUGCCCUGAGCGGCGGCCCUCAGCCGGAGGCAGCAGCAGCAGCAGCAGCAGCAGCAGCAGCAGCAGCAGCAACACGUCAUGGCUUGGAGCGGCAUGACUGGGCUAUGCAUGCGCGGCGCGGCGCUGCAGGUGGUGGGGCCCGGCGAGGACGCCGCCUCCUCGCUCAGCCUGCCGCCGCUGGUGCCCACCGACAGCUCCAUCCGGGGGCGGGCGCAGGAGCUGCACCGGCAACUCAGCCACCUGCGCGAGCCGAUGCUGGUCCCCCGCGACCAGUGCCUGGUCAACCUGGACUUCGACCUGCGACUGGACUCCACACUCGCAACCGUCCUGGAAGCGGGCGGCGGCUCACCCACCGCGACAGCGGGCGAGGACGCGGCUGCGGCUGCGGCUGCGGCUGCUGGGUUCGAGGCUGAGGGGCAGGAGGAGGAGGACAUUGGCGCAGCAGCGGCGGCGGCCGUGGCGGCGGUGGCGGCGAUGGGCGGCGGCGGCGACGGCGCCUCCGGCUCCGUGCCGGCGUCCUCUCGCCCCAGCGGGACCGCCAGCUCGUUAGGCGGCGGGGCAGGAGGGACAGGAGCAAGGACAACCGGGACGGGGCUAGCAGGACCAGCAGCAGCGGGAGGGGCGGGAGGAGCAGCAGCAGCAGCAGCAGCAGCAGCAGCAGCGGGAGGGGGAGGAGGAGGAGGGGGAGGAGGGGAAACAGGCGCGCCGAGCAGCGCCGCGCCCUCGGCUCGUCCCAGCCAGUCGGGACAGGGCACGAGCUGGGAGGACGGGCAGGGGCGGCGUGGGUUUGUAAAGGUCAAGAGCAUUCGGGCGCCCAAAGGCCUGGAGUGGUCGCACAGCCGCAAAUGCCUGGAAGUGCUGAUUCAGUCCGAGAAGGCCGGCGGCGGCGGCGGCGGCGGCGGCGCGGGCAGGACGGGCAGCCCUGCCUUCAAGGGCCACGAGCAGCGGCUGCGGGAGCGGCUGGAGCGGCUUAAUCUGGACAUGCUCAUCGUGGCGGGCGACGGCAACUGCCAGUUCCGCUCCGUCAGCAAUGAGCUGUACGGCACACAGGAGCACCACGCAGCCAUACGCCGUCAGGCGGUGGCUCACAUUGUGUCUCAGCGGGAUUCGUUCGAGUGUUUCCUGGGCGAGGAUUUUGAUGUGUACGUGCGUCAGAUGAGCCGCAGCGGCACCUGGGGCGACGAGCUGACGCUGCGCGCUGUGUGCGACUCGUUCGGCCUGACGGUGCACGUGGUGACGUCGGACGUGGACCACUGGUACCUCACCUACGAGCCCGAGGCUCGCAAGCUGGACCGCGAGAUCUUCCUCACCUACAUCGCGCCCAUCCACUACAACUCCAUCCGGCGGCAGUCCUCGCUCAAGACCAUGGCGCUCACCGUCAGCCGCAGCUUCAAGAAGCUCUCCAGCGGCGGCCUGGCCUCGCCGGCACCCCCCGUGUCCUCACCGCUCGCCAGCGGCGGCCGCAUCAGCAGUGGCGCCCCCGCCACGCCGCGCGGCAGCGGCCCCGGCGUCAGCACCAGCACCAGCACCAGCCCGCGGACCACUGCAACGGGGGCGGCGGGGGCCGGGAGCGGCAGUGAAAGCUCGCAACAGGCGCAAGGUCAGGCGCAGGGUCAGACGCAGGCGCAGGGCCAGGCGCAGGUGGGGCGGAGCAGCUCGGGGCAGGUUGGGUCGGGUGGGCGGAGCAGCUCGGGGCAGGUCGGUGGCGGAGGCGUGGGUGGGGAUGGGGGCGGGGGUGAUGGCCCGCUGGGGAUGGGGUUGGGGCUGGCGCUGGGCCAGGGGUUGCUGCACGGGGGGCAGCGGGUGGCGGGGCGGUGAGGGGGGCUUGGCGAGCAGGCGCGCCGCCGGGGCAGCUAGGGCAGCUGCCUGGGCGGCCGGUCCCAAGGCGUUGGCUGCAUGGGUGCGGCACGCGAGCUGCGCCGUGCGGAUGUGAUGGAGCUGAGGCUGCCCUGCGGCCCGGUGUGGCCCGGUGUCGCCUGGAGCGGUGUGGUCGGGGGGCUCUGGUGUGCGGAGCCACCUUCCAGGGCUGUUGACUGGUGUGACGGUGGUGUUCGGUCGUCUUGGUUGGGAGAAGGGUUGGGUGGUGUGCUUGCAGUUGCCGGCAUUUGGGUGGCCGGGACACAGCCGGGCUUUACCGGUAUCGCACAUGCCGGAUUGACGGGGUGAGCGGAGGCGCGGGCGCGCUGCUGCUGGCAAAGCCUGAAGUGCUAGCGGACUGGUUCUCGCCCGUGCUGCGUUGCGUGAUGCACUAAUGCUCAUUCGUGCUACCGCAAGUGUCAACGCACGCGACAUGCUGAUGGAAGGGCGUGUGCUUGAUUCUUGGGGGCCGGGCCCGCGCAUUUGGACUUGGGGUUUUAAUGAACUGCCCUCCCUUCACCCGCAUCAAGAAGGGCUGCAUGGCGGGGCGCGGUGGCUUGAGUGUGGCGUACGUGGUGUGCCGACAAGGCCGUGAGGGCUGAAGAUUCUUCCUGUUAUAUUUUAGUCAGGUGUUGCACGUGGGUGUUGCACUGCGUGCCGCGUUGCAUGGUGUCUGGGCCGUACUGUGGACUGGUGCGAACACAAGCAUAAAAUGUCGGCGGUGCAUUCAGAGGGCGCAGUGGCACGCCUCGUUUGAAGCCCCGCGUUCUCGUGGCGUGAAGUUACAGGGGUUAGGAUUGGGGCCAUGCGGACUCCAUGCGGCAGCAUGGCAAGCAAGCAUGGUCAAGCAAGGAUGACCGCCCGCGCACGCACCGUGUACACGUUACUGACGUAUCCUGGUCACAGGAUGUACGGUACGCGCGCAAUGUCUAUCUAGGAAUAGUCGUACUGACGUGAGGCGCUCAGUGCCUAGCCUAGCCGCUUACAGGCCUUCAGGGUCGCUCACCGGAUUGCUCCUUCUUGUAAUGUCGUACCAGA